AUGUCGGCGCUGCCGGCCCUGUAGAUCCAGGAGGCUAACGCACACCUGGCGGCCGUGCACCGGCGCGCGGCGGAGCGCACGGUGCACGCCCAAGCCGAGCACCUGGCCCUCCACGACCAGCAGCUGCGCGCCGCCGUAGACGAACUGGGUCGCGCCAAGGACUGUGAGAUUGCCACACUCCAGGAGCAGCUGAUGACCUCACAGGCCACUGUCCACAGCCUGCAGGCCACUGUGCACCCGGGGGACGAGCUCAUUAGGCAGUUGCAGCCCCGGGCUGAGCUGCUGCAGGACAUCUGCCGCCGCCGGCCACCCCUGGCCGCGCUGCUUGAUGCCCUGGCUGAGGCUGGGUGUGUACCUCUUCCUUGCAACCCACCAGGACCUAACACAUCAUAUCCCCACUUUUGA